CGGAGCAGUCAGAGUGUGUGUGUGUGUGUCUGAGUCAGGUGUUCUCAGAUUUGAGAAGAUGAGUGAUUUGGAGGAAGAGGAGGACAGAUCAGACUCUCCAGUAUCCAGCUGUCUGUCUUUGAAGAGUGACUGGUCCAAAGGCAGACUUCCUCCAGACUUCAGUAAUGAACCUGGACCCUCAGACACAAAACAGAGAUCAGAGUCUCCAGUGUCCAGCUGUCUGUCUUUGAAGAGUGACCGGUCCAAAGGAAAACCUCCAGAGUUCAGUAAUGAACCUGGACCCUCAGACACAAAAGAGAAGAAGAAGAGGAGUCAUGUUUCUGUGGAGGAGCAGCCGUCCUGCUGUGUCUUGUGUCAGGACGUCCUGAAGGAUCCAGUCUCUACCAGCUGUGGACACUGGUUCUGCAGACAGUGCAUCACCUCACAUUGGGACCAGUCUGCUUCAUCAGGAGACUCCUCCUGUCCUCAGUGUGGGAAAAGAUCCAGAACAAGAGCUGGACUGCAGACAGCCAGUCAGACCAUCACUGUACAAAGAGAUAGUGGUCUGCAGGAAGUUUUAGAUGAACAUAAGAUCAGUCUGAGGAGGAGAUGUGAACAUGUGACUGAAGGAAGUGAUGAAACAGGAAGUGAAACCCUCCUCAACAGGAUCUACACUGAGCUCUACAUCACAGAGGGACAGAGUGAAGAGGUUAAUACCCAACAUGAGGUGACACAGCUUGAGACAGCUUACAAGAGGACCCUCCAUGACACUCCAAUCAAGUGUCACGAAAUCUUUAAAGAUUUACCUGACCAACAGAAACACAUCAGAGUCGUUCUGACGAACGGUGUCGCUGGCAUUGGAAAAACCUUCUUAGUGCACAAGUUCACUCUGGACUGGGCAGAGGGUUUGGAAAACCAAGAUAUCAGUGUGGUGAUUCUGCUUUCGUUCAGGGAGCUGAACUUGAUCAAAGAUGAGCAGUACAGUCUUCUCACUCUGCUCCAUGUUUUCCAUCCAACAUUACAGAAGGUCACAGCAGAGGAGCUCGCUGUCUGUAAAGUUCUGUUCAUCUUUGAUGGCCUGGAUGAAAGCAGACUGUCACUGGAUUUCCACAACAAUGAGGUUGUGACUGAUGUCACACAGAAGUCAUCAGUCAACGUGCUGCUGACAAACCUCAUCAAGGGGAAUCUGCUUCCCUCGGCUUUCAUCUGGAUAACUUCCCGACCUGCAGCAGCCAAUCAGAUCCCUCCUGCAUGUGUUGACAGGGUAACAGAAGUACGAGGCUUCACUGACGCUCAGAAGGAGGAGUACUUCAGGAGGAGAGUCAGUGAUGAGGAGCUGUCCAGCAGAAUGAUUUCACACAUCAGGACAUCCAGGAGCCUCCACAUCAUGUGUCUAAUCCCAGUCUUCUGCUGGAUCACUGCUACAGUUCUGGAUCACAUGUUGACUACAGAGCAGAGAGGAGAGCUGCCCAAGACCCUGACUGACCUGUACUCACACUUCCUGCUGGUUCAGACUAAGAGGAAGAAGCAGAAAUAUGAUGAGGGACAUGAGACGAGUCCACAGGAGCUGACGGAGGCAGACAGGGAAGUUCUUCUGAAGCUGGGGAGGCUGGCAUUUGAACAUCUGGAGAAAGGAAACAUCAUGUUCUACCAAGAAGACCUGGAGCGCUGUGGUCUUGAUGUCACAGAAGCCUCGGUGUUCUCAGGAGUUUGUACAGAGAUCUUCAAAAGAGAGUGUGUGAUCUUCCAGCAAACAGUCUACUGCUUCGUUCAUCUGAGCAUUCAAGAGUUCCUGGCUGCAGUCUACGUGUUCCACUGUUUCACCAACAGGAAGACAGCGGUACUGGAGGACUUCCUGGGGAAGGACCAAGAUAACUACACAUACCUGGAAGACGUCCUGAAGAGAGCCACAGAGAAAUCCCUCAAAAGUAAAAAUGGUCACCUAGACCUGUUUGUCCGUUUCCUUCAUGGCCUUUCUCUGGAGUCCAACCAGAGACUAUUGGGAGGCCUGCUGGGUCAUACAGACAACAGUCCAGAAAUCAUCCAGAGAGCCAUCAACAACCUGAAGAAGAUGAACAUGUACAGGAUCUCUCCAGAGAGAAGCAUCAACAUCUUUCACUGUCUGCUGGAGAUGAAUGACCACUCAGUACAUCAUGAGAUCCAAGAGUUCCUGAAGUCAGAGCACAGAUCGGAGAAUAAACUCUCUGAGAUCCACUGCUCAGCUCUGGCCUACAUGCUGCAGAUGUCAGAGGAGGUUCUGGAUGAGUUGGACCUGAAGAGGUACAACACAACAGAGGAGGGACGAUGGAGACUGAUUCCAGCUGUGAGGAACUGCAGAAAGGCUCUACUUUCUGGCUGUGGAAUCUCAGAGGCUCACUGUGAAGUCGUGGCCUCAGCUCUGAAGUCACACCCCUCCCAUCUGAGAGAGCUGGAGGUGAGUGGAAAUGACUUGAAGGAUUCAGGAGUGAAGCAGCUGUGUUCUGGACUGGAGAGUCCAAACUGUAGACUGGAGACUCUGAGGUUGAGUUCCUGCAGUUUGUCAGAGAUCAGCUGUGAUUCUCUGGCUUUAGCUCUGAGGUCAAACCCCUCCCAUCUUAGAGAGCUGCAGCUGAGCUAUAACAACCUACAGGACUCAGGAGUGAAGCUGCUGUGUGAUUUUCUGGAAAGUCCACAUUGUAGGCUGGAAACUCUGAGAUUUAUCUCCUGCAGUUUGUCAGAGAUCAGCUGUGUUUCACUGGUCUCAGCUCUAAAGUCCGACCCCUCCCAUCUGAGAAACCUGCAGCUGAGUGGAAACGACCUACAGGACUCAGGAGUGAAGCUGUUGUGUGAUUUUCUGGAGAAGCCACACUGCAGACUGGAGACUAUGGGAUUGAAGUACUGCAGUUUGUCAGAGAUCAGCUGUGUUUCUCUUGCAUCAGCUCUGAAGUCCAACCCCUCCCAUCUUAGAGAGCUGGAUCUGAGCUACAACUACCUGCAGGACUCAGGAGUGAAGCUGCUGUGUGAUUUCCUGGAAAGUCCAUACUGUAGGCUGGAGACUCUGAGACUGACUUGGUGCAGUUUAUCAGAGAUCAGUUGCAUCUCUCUGGCCUCAGCUCUGAAGUCCAACCCCUCCCACCUGAGAGAGCUGGAGCUGAGUCACAACAAGCUGCAGGAUUCAGAUGUGAAGCCGCUCUCUGAUCUUUUGGCGAGUCCACACUAUAGACUGGAGACUCUGAGCUGGAGGUGAACUCUAGAUGUAGAGUAACAUGGUCUAUUCAGAGUGUCAUCAUCAUCAGUGUAUCACUGACUGCUCUGUCCUUCAACACCGAAACUCCUCCACGCCAUCCCCUCUCUGACCAAAUGCUUCUGUGUGAUAAAACUGAAAUGUAUGUUGGAAGUGAGAUUACUCAUUUUGUUCCUCUUUGUUGGUCGUUUGCUAUGUCCUGACUUGUACACGUGCAUAAUCAUGUUUUUAUCUGAAUGAUACUUUGCUUUAACCCUGUAAAACAAAAGAUUGAUAAAUUGCAGAAUUCAAUUUUAGUUUCAACUGUUAACCCCUCGUCUAACAUGUAGCCAUACUGCCAUCUUGUGGAGGAGUUAAGAAGAGUUACUGCAAGGAAGUCAACUUUAUAAUUUGAAUGAAGAUAUAAUUGGGAAUUAUUAAUCAACUUGUUUGCAUGAAUAUGUGUUUCUUCAUUUUGUUUUUCAUUAUAUAUUGUCAUUGAGUUAAUCUAGAGUGUGUGUAUUUGACGUAGGCUAGCUGAUACCAUGGCAUAAUAAUUGUAUUUUGAUUUAAUGUUAAUCUCUAUGUUUAAUUGGAUGAUCAGUGGGAAGAGUAUGUGUCCCUCGCAUGUAACAUAUCAAAGUAUACGACCUCUUAUAAGAAAUGCAUUAAGUUUCCUCCAAAAUAACACAGAGACUAUUUUUCAUCACGAGAGGAGCCUCCCUGAUCAAAUCCGCCCACUUUGGCCAGUCAAAUACAAGUGCGCUCGGCGCGGCUCGAGUCAGUCUUCUUACAGUUUUUUUUUAGUUUUUCAGUUAGUCUUGUAGUCUUCUGUUAGUCUCCUUGCUGUUUCUUCUUGCUGUUAGUUCUGUCGUGCUUAUUCGUGUUUUACCUUCUUGUCGUGCGUAAUUUUUAUUACUCUCUAGUCUCUUUUGUGUUAUGCUCUUUCAUUUUUACAUUAUUUAGCUCAUGCGUAACUCUUUUGUGCUCACGAUCAAAGUUAUUUUGAACUUUUAAAUUUUGUCGAUCCAGUUUUCUUUUAUCUCCAGUGUUUUCAACAUUUUUGCACGUAAUAAUAACUAAUAACACUAAUAACACUUGCCACAGUGGUCCUUGUGCCAAGCCCAAAGGCUUUCUGCAGCGUAAACCAACCAACUGGGGUACCCACAGGACAUCGCAAACUCAACCGCUCCAACUCUGCUGUGAGACAGCUGUUCCAUUCUGCUGGAAAGACCAGGAGCUGCGAAGCAACAGUCCGGGGCCCGGAGUGAGGUCGAGCAGGAGGCUUAGUUAAUUAUCCUGAUUUUAAUUUAGGUUUCAUUACGUGAAGGGUUUUGCACAUUCCUGCGUUUCCAGAGUUAUUCAUUUGAUUAGUCGCUUCCCUCGAGUCAAAGCUUCAAAGCAGGACUCCACAAACCAAUGGGUGACAUCACAGUAGCGUCAUCCAUUAUUUAAACAGUCUAUGGUUCUGCCCAGGCAGAAACAUCAAGCCCUCAGGAACGUCACCUAGCCUUGCCUCCAACUUUCUCCAGCAGCCACUCGCAGUAUUGCAAAGAAAAAUCCCCUGCAGCCCAAAAAGCAUUUUCCCCAUAGACUCACAUAAUGACUGGAUUCACUGAUAUGACACUGCAGGUGAUUUUUCAUGAGGACACCCAUAACAAUUUUAUUCCAUUUUUUUCUUUUUCUUUUCUUUUUGUCAUUUAACUGACGUGACAGUUUGUGAUCUGUCUUUGCCAGCAGUGUCUCAUCCUUUGGUAGCGAUGACUAAAGUUUACCGAGCCUGUCAUCGGUUUGCAGCUAUCGCUUUAAUUUAUGUUUUUGCUUAUUGUGUCUCAGUGUGGAGAAAUUAUAUGGGGUUUUAUUCACCUUAAGAGAAGUUAACUUUCAAUAUGACACAAAUGACAUGGUGGGUUUUGAAGCUUAAGUAUGACGCAUUUUACUCAGUUAUUUACCUUUAACACAGUUUGACAAAACCACAUAAAUUCAUCCUCAUCACUGGUGUCACUGUCCAUAAAGUUGCACAUGGCAGCUUCUCUAGCCUCCACCUCGGCACAGGUUGGAUGAUCCUCCUUCAAGUCACACACAUUAACCACCUGUAGAUCCUGUCCUGUGUCCUCCAGUACUAUUCUGUAAUUCACAGGAUCUACCCUCUCAACAAUGCCAACCAUAGCUGUCAAGUCUCACGUUUUGGCAGGGAAACUACCAUAUUUUACCCCUCUUUCCCACCGUCCUCCCGUAUUAGUAUUUUCCUGUAAAUCUCCCGUAUUAUAAUAAGUACUUAAAUAUAACAAAAAAACAGUAUUUCAAAUGAAACAACAACAUCAACAACAAAACAAACUCUAAGGGGCUGUCCACACCAACGCGGAUAUUUAUAAAACCGUGACUCUUUGCUCACGGUCUGGCUUUUCAUCCACACGUAACUGCACUUCUGGGCCCCUGUAACCGGAGUUAUUUGUAACCGGAGUCCAGGAUGAACUUUUAGGAAAAGUCCGGUGUCAGCAGUCAUGUGUGGACAGGAUAACCGCAGUUAUUUUGUCUUGUCUCCAUUGUAUGACGUCACAGUGUGCGACGUAAACAGAAAACAGCUGUGUUAUUACCCGAUCCAGUGUGUGCGAGAGACGAUUUGAGGAUGGACCUAAACAAAAUACUGCUGCUGUUUAGCAGUAUAUCAGCACUUUGUGGCUGUAUCAUACAACUAACGCUACUCAACCACAUCCAGCAACAGAGGCGCAAGAGUGUGCUAUUACGGAGACUGCUCCUGCUGUUGUUGUUUUUUCCGGUAAUGACAUUUUACUGCCUUCUGAUUGGCUACAAUGGCCUUACAGUUAGGAGUUAUAUCGCCACCUACUGCUGUGGUGUAUUACAUUGCUUGAUAGUGGAAUUUGCGGUGUCAUGUGGACGGAGGUAUUUUUAUUACACUGCUUGUAUGGACGCAGGUUUUUUUAAAACUGGAGGCCAAAAAAGUUCGGUUUUAAAAAUACCUGUGCUUGUGUGGACUAGGCCUAAGGCACUGGGCGGGUGUAUGCAUUGUUAAAUGAACACCUGUUUGAUACUUAGUUUUUGUACAUUUAACAGGUGUUCUGAUUGAACAUUUGCCCUUUUAGAGCAGGUAUUCCAUUUCUGACAUGUUCUUUUUUCUGUCUGAGUGCAGUCAGAGCAGUUUCUCUUCUGAGGCAGUUUGCACUGUAAGAUGAAAUCCUAUCCGACUGUCCCGAUCUCUGUUUCCGUCCACUUUCUUCUGCUCAUUGAAUUAAUUAAUUAAUUAAAAUUAACUCACUCAUUCCCGAGAACUAGACAAUACUUUGUUUUUUUUUGAGCUUUUGAUUUUUCACUCUUUAAUUAGGCUGGAAAAGUUUAAAGAUAACACGCUUCUUCUCCUUCCCAUUCUGUGCUGCUGUCAAAUAUUUGUUCUCCUGUAGAUCACUGUUCUGUAGUGAGGUUUAAAUGGUUCUGGAUGUGCAGAGUAGAAGCUGCUCUGACACAGCGACACACUGAGGAUGAUUUAUCUAUCUUAGAGUUGUUCAGUUACAUAUGAAGUUAACAGAGUGCUGAAGAGAAAAUAGUCUUUUGGGAGAUAGUUUGGUUCAUUUACAUCAAAUUCAGCUUUCUAAAAACAUGUUUCUUUUCUUUGGACCUGAAAUGCAAGGCUUAUUUUGUAUUUCAUCUUGUUGUUACAGAACCCUUUAAUUUAACCUGUGAUCCAGCUAAAUGCUUUAAUUUCUGUUGGUUCAGAAAUAAAAUUUAAUUUUUCUCUAA